UUCACCACUGGCGCAGACUGCACUGCGCACUCGAGCGCUCUUUCGAAUAAAUUUGGGAAACUAAACAGUGAGUGAUAACAACAGACUGUCCUCAGUUUGGGACGGUAUAACUUUCAGCAACAUUUUUCUUCACAGCGCUGGGGUUACUCAACGCCUAUUUGUUAAUUUGUGACCUGCUUCAUAGUCUGAAUAAGUCUGCCGAAGGGAAUCCUCAUGACAUUUACAGAAAGUAUGUCGCCGGAGACACCUAUAUAUUGACGACUCACUCAAGACUUUCCAGGAUAAAUCAUACAUCUACCGACGAGUACAGUGCCGAAGAGAGGUACCAUUCUUCAGCUGCCGCUCAGUCUCACCAUGAGCCCUAAAAGAGAUCCGAAGCACAGCUCUGGAGGAGCCCAGCGGGACAUCCAGCGAGCCCUGCCCGGAUCCAGCAGCCUCGGGCGGCCAGCAGACGCUCCACAGACCCUGCUGGGGACCUCCGCCUGGAUCUCUGGCUCCAGCACCGCUCGGGGGGAGAGGAGGCUGCCCUCGCCCCAGCUCUGUGUGGGGUUACUGGGGAUGCUGUUACUGAUCCCCCUCCCUGCUGUAGAGGCUGCGAAACAGAGCCUGCCCAGGGUCACGUUGAGCCACAAAGAGCUGCUGCACUCGGGCAGUGUGGUGCUGUUCCAGGGCCUGGGGGAAUCUCUGCACUCACACACACUCCUGCUGGACGAGGAGAGGGGCAGACUGCUGCUGGGCGCCCGAGACCACAUCUACUAUCUGAACCCAGAUAACCUCAAUGCACGCCCCCGGAAGAUCAGCUGGCCGGCCCCGCGGGAGAGAGUGGAGAUGUGUAAACUGGCUGGCAAGAAUGCUCAAACGGAGUGCGCCAAUUUUGUACGGGUUCUGCACAACUACAACCGCACACAUGUUUACGCGUGUGGCACCGGAGCGUUCCACCCCACCUGUGCCUUUGUGGAGGUCGGAGGUCGGAGAGAGGAGGGUGCAUUCCAUCUCAUCAGCAGCAGUGUGGAGUCUGGGAGACUAAAGUGCCCUUUUGACCCCUGGCAACCCUUUGCGUCGGCGCUGACAGAUCAGUACCUGUAUGCUGGGACAGCCUCUGACUUCUUGGGGAAAGACUCCACGUUCACACGCUCGCUGGGGCCACCUCCUGACCAGCACUUCAUCCGCACCGACAUCUCCGAGGAUUACUGGAUCAACGAGGGCAAGUUUAUAGCAGCUCUUCCCAUAUCGGACACGUUCAACCCCGACGAUGACAAGAUUUACUUCUUCUUCCGCGAGGCCAGUCGUGACGGAAGCGUGUCGGAAAAGCGUGUCCUGUCCCGGGUGGCUCGUGUCUGCAAGAAUGAUGUUGGUGGCUUAAGGAGCUUGACCAACAAGUGGACGACAUUUCUCAAGGCCCGGCUGGUGUGCUCCAUCCCUGGCCCAGAUGGAGUGGACACUCACUUUGAUGAGCUGCAGGACAUCUUCCUGGUGCCAACCAGGGAUGAGAGGAACCCUGUGGUCUAUGGAGUCUUUACCACCAGCAGCUCCAUUUUUAAGGGCUCAGCAGUUUGUGUGUAUAGCAUGUCGGACAUUCGAGAAGUGUUUAACGGGCCUUAUGCACACAAGGAAGGACCUGAACAUCGCUGGAUCGAAUACGAGGGAAGGAUUCCCUACCCACGGCCAGGCACAUGCCCAAGCCGCACCUAUGACCCACGCAUCAAGAGCACCAAGGACUUCCCCGAUGAGGUCAUCAGCUUCAUCCGCUUCCACCCCCUCAUGUACCGCUCCGUCUACCCGAUCACGCGCCGGCCCGUCUUCACGCGCGUCAACACCGACUACCGUCUCACACAGAUCGCCGUGGACCGCGUGAACGCUGAGGACGGCCAGUACGCAGUCAUGUUCCUGGGCACAGAUGUUGGAUCCGUCCUGAAAGUGGUUAGCAUAACUCAGGAGAACUGGGCCACUGAGGAAAUUAUCCUGGAAGAACUUCAGGUGUUCAAGACCUCCUCACCAAUUCUGAAUAUGGAGAUAUCUUCUAAACAGCAACAGCUGUACGUGGGCUCGGCGGAGGGGCUGGCGCAGGUGGCCCUGCACAGGUGUGAUAUUUACGGGCAGGGCUGCGCCGACUGCUGCCUCGCCAGAGACCCCUACUGUGCCUGGGACGGCAACCAGUGCUCACGUUACAUCCCUGCGUCCAAGAGGAGAGCCAGGAGACAAGACAUAAAGCAUGGCGACCCAUCCAGCCAAUGCUGGGACACCGAGGAUGGUAAGGAUGUGGAGGAGAAGCUGAUGUUUGGCGUGGAGACUAACUCCAGCUUCCUCGAGUGCGUCUCCAGAUCACAGCAGGCCCAGAUUCGCUGGCUCUACCAGAAACCAGGCUCUGACCUCAGGGAGGAGGUAAAGGCUGACGACCGCGUGCUGGUGACUGAGCGGGGGCUGCUGAUUCGCUGGCUGCAGCGGAGCGACGCCGGCUCCUACCUCUGCACCUCCCAGGAGCAGCGCUUCACCCGCACCCUGCUGCGCUUCUCCGUCCGCGUCGUCCAGCAGGGCCAGCUCGACGGUCACCCCUCGCCGUCCCAGCGGGGGCCCUCCGAGGACCCCACCGCCUCCGUGGCCACGGCGGCCGAGGCCCGGCAGCGCUACAAGGACUUCCUGCGCGUGCUGAGCGGCCCGGCGCGCUCGGUGGACGAGUACUGCGAGGCGCUGUGGUUCCGUGAGAAGCGCACGCGCCUCCGGGGCAAGUGGAAGCACAUGCAGGAGCUCCGCAAGAGCCGCAACCGGCGGCAUCACCACUGAGUCCGACGGGGUCCCAGGGACCAGCCAACAGUGGGUUCAAACCUGCGCCCUAAAGACUAUUUCAAACGCAUCAACCAAUUUAAGCAAAUAAUGCUUAUACCUUAUGUUACAUGUAUCCCUUAUUGCAUUGUAACUACACGAAAACAGUGUAACAUUAAUUGUUAAUAUGUAGUUGUGCUUACAUUGCCCUAACCUUAAUCCUAGCCUUAACUCUAGUUUAAGUACAAAACAUCAGAGUUUUGUAUGUUACAAGCUAUUUCGAAAUAUAGUUACAAUGUAAUGAGGGUGAAUUAAUAAACCAUUCUACCAAGAAGCUACAAAUUUGACAAACAGAAAUUCUGUUUGUUUUGGACCAUAUUUAGCUAUUGAAAUGGCCCAGCUCAGCUACUUUACGUUCGUAAGACAUUGUCUCUGUCAUAUAUUGUUUAAUUCCUUCCACUCUGGCAUAUAUCCAGUACCUGUGGGUGCCUAAAGUUUGUUUAGAUAGCUAAGCUAUUUUGUAUAUGCUAAUGUGAAUUUUUACCAGGUAAUAAUGUACCCAUGGAGCUUCCCAUGGGAUAUCUGCUCCGACAGAUUUCUACACUUCAAUUUACAGUUCAUUUGUAGAGGGAGAACACGCAUAUCAUUUUCA